AUGGAGAUGCUAAUCAAGACGUGCGAAUUCAUGAACGUCCCCGAGAAGAAGCUGGUAGAUUGCUUGGAAUUGGGAGAUCUACCACUUUUGCGACUUCGAGAAGACAAAGAUUCGGACAAGAUGUCAAUUGAGAUAGUCGCUUCAACAAACUCCACGCCCUACGUAGCAUUGUCCCAUGUAUGGACGGACGGUCUCGGUAAUCCUCAUGCGACUGCUUUACCUCGCUGUCAACUUUCAAGAUUAAAAGCACUGAUCGACAAAUUGCAUACCUCUAUCUCCCUAGAAGACUCGAACGGUGCGCCUGAGCUGCUACUGUGGUGUGACACUUUGUGCUGUCCAGUAAUAUCACCAGAAGGUAAACGCAUGGCACUACAGCAGAUGUACCGCACAUAUUACCAAGCUUCGAUGGUCCUUGUACUAGACCGAAGUUUCCUUAAGUACCGCGUUGGAGGCAUAGGCGCUGAUGAAGCGUGUCUUCGUAUUGCAGUCUCUCGUUGGAUGACGAGGCUUUGGACUCUGCAAGAGGGUGCGCUAGGGGCUCUGAAAAACAAGUUGUGGUUUCAGUUCAAGGAGAUGGCUUUGAAUGUGGCGACAAUGUAUGGCUUUCUCAUACAGACUCAAGAAAUUGAGAUUCAAAGGCGAGGGAUUGCAGACAACGUGAUAGGAAGAGUCCAUAACCUGACCCUACCCGAAGUUCAAAAACAGGAGCACAGAGGUGCCUCUUUCAAGGACGUCAUGAAGGGGUUACUGUAUCGAUCCGUUACCGUCUCUUCCGACGAACCGAUAAUCAUUGCUUCACUUCUAGGUCUUGAUGUGAGUGCAAUACUGGCCUCGAAUCCGCAGCAACGUAUGCAAACCCUCUGGAGAAUCAUGAGUACCUCCCCUUCUGGUAUCAAUAAGCAUAUUAUCUUCCACCAGGGUCCCAAAAUAUGUGAGCGUGGCCUCCGAUGGGCCCCGCAAUCUCUGCUUUCAAUAGACCGCCUCUUUGAAAUUCCAAUGCCUGGCGAACAAGAGGAUCGAGGUCACUUGGUAACAGAUGACAGUACAAUGGGGCUCCUUGUUGAAUUGGCCGGCUUUCGAAUAAGCACAGCCAAUCCCACGAAAGGUUUGCCCAAACACCUCGCCGGCUUUGAGUCUUUGCCACAAAAAAGCAUUCUCAAAAACAAUCUAUCAAUGAGAGAUGGCCAGGGACGUUGGUAUACUGUGAAUCGCUGUCAGCCCGCUGCGUCCGAAUCUUCCGCUGAACAAGCAGACUUGAGUGUCAUUAUUUCAAAUCUUCCGAUUCCUUGGGUCUUGUAUCGCGGAUCUAGUUCUUGGAUCCCACUAAUCGGGUAUGGAUACCGGGGUCUUCUAGUCGAGCAGGCGGACAAGCAGCAAUCUCGAAGUGAUCAGAUCACAGCUGUCGAGAAAAAGUCACACGUCACAUUCACCAAUUUGAACCCAGAAAUGAAUCGAUUCUGUCAUACAGCGUACUCUCUUGCUCAGGAGUUAAUUGCAUCAACAGCCGGUCGCCGGUUGGCAGAGUUCACAACCAACAGCAUCAAUCUGGAGAACACUGUCUAUGGAGAGGCCCUUCAAGCCUUCUUCCUCGAGUCUCAGCGUCUUUCAAGAACUUCUGUCGCUAUUGAUGCACUUGCUUCGUGCGGCUAUAGAGGCGAUGAGCAAGGAUAUGGGCACAUGAAUGGGUACAUGGCACACGUAUUCCGGGGACACUAUAUUCAGCUUGAAGAGUAUGCACCGUAUAAUCGGAAAUGGUUCAAACAGCCAAAUCGGCCUAUUGGUGGUAAGACCGAUAGUCGCAUGUUACAGCCCUCUCGUCGUCUCUUCUCAUCUCGAUCCCAGCUUUGCUCUCCUGCCUCGUUCGCCUCAGGUCCCGCUCCACCUCGACUUCCAGAAGAAGAGCAGCAACUUUACGAGAAGCUCCAACGCUCAUCGACUGGAGCGUUCAGUACCCCUAGACCCUCAAUCACCGUGAACCAGUCACCCGCCACCCCUUCAUCCAAAGCGGAGGCACAAUCUGAGAUCCCGCCACAGAUUAAUCAAUCGCCUCAGAAUGAAUCUAUGUUGAUGUCUGCAAGUGAUCAAAAGAUAGAGGAUAUAGAUGCAAAGGUGACGGCACAGGGUGACGGGGAUGAGUUACAUCCAGACGUGAGAAGAGGCGCGAAGCCGGAAUUUGAGGGCGAGAGGAAUCCUCGGACAGGAGAGAUGGGUGGACCGAAGAAUGAGCCGUUACGUUGGGGUGCUGAAGUAGAUUGGAGCUAUAAUGGAAGAGUAACGGACUUCUGA